AUGAAUUGUGAAACGAGAAAUAAGCUACAGUUACUAUCUCUUUAUCUUCAAAAUCUCCCCGAAACCAUUCCUUAUGCAGACCCUUCGAUCCCACAGUAUGGCUUCGAUUUCUUCACCUUGGAUGAUGAAAAGAUCCAGGAUUAUGGUCCCAUCGGCGCAGUGAACCAUGAACUCGAAGUGCGCAUGGGUCAGCGUAACAAAGGUCCCAUUUCUUUUAAGGAGCGCGGACCUAGCCUCAAUGCCGUGACCAAUGUGCUUGGUGGCUACUUGGAUCAGUAUCACGAGUCUCCCGAGACAGUACUUCUUGUCAAAUGGGUGGAUGACCUUACAAUAGCAGCAGCUGCUGCAUUCAAAUCUGCCAGCAUUCCAUUACCAUUGUACUGGGCCAGUACCCUAUGGCGUAGGAAAUAUCCCGAUAAGGAAUCGGAUAUCAGGAAUGUCGACUCGAACGCCACACCUACGUUCAACUUCUCACAGUCACGGUUUGGGAUCAUUUGA